AUGUCACACGAAGUUACAGACGACGAUAUCGAACAAUUCAUUGCAUUGACAAAUUCAUCACCUGCAAUUGCCACACAAUUCUUAAAAGAAUUUGGAUCGGUCAAUGAAGCUAUAAAUUCAUAUUUUGCUACACAAACGACAAAUGAUCCAAAUUAUCGCUCUCCUCCUGUCUCUGCUAUUCAAAGGGUUCAAGAUCUACUAAGUGAUGCUGAUGAUAGUCAUAAUAGUGGGAAGGAAAAUACACCUAGUUCCACUAAGAGUGCUGAUAGUAAGGGAAGUAAAUUUAUGAGUUUUUCUGAUAUGGUUCGAACUCAAGCUGAUGAAGAGGAUGAAGAUCCUGAUAAACCAAGAAAUACAUUUGCAGGUGGUGAAACAUCAGGAUUGGAAGUCACUGAUCCAAAUGAUUCCAACGCUUUAAUUAAAGAUCUUCUGGAAAAGGCCAAGAGAGGUGGUGAACAAAUGGAAAGAGAUGGUUCAUCUGACAGUCCAGCAGAGGAACAGCAUCAUUUCCUUGGUAGAGGUUAUAGAUUGGGAUCAAGUGUAGACGCUCCAAGUCGUGUUAUUGAGGGUGACCGUGAUGCCGUCGGUCCUAUGCCAAAGAGAGUUGCUAGAGAAAUUACAUUUUGGAAAGAAGGUUUCCAAGUAGGAGAUGGAGAGUUAUAUCGUUAUGAUGAUCCUGCAAAUAGUUUCUAUUUGAAAGAAUUGAAUCAAGGUAGGGCUCCACUGAACUUAUUAAAUGUCGAAUUUGGUCAAGAAGUGGACGUUAACGUUCAUAAAAAAAUAGAUGAAUCAUUCAAACCGCCAAAGAGGAAACUCGGCGGAUUUCAUGGUCAAGGGCAAAGAUUGGGUUCUCCAAUUCCAGGAGAAUCUGAAUCCAGUGUGGAACCUUCUAUUUUGAAGGCGAAAGCAGAAGAAACUACGGCUGCUAAAACGGAAGUUGAAGAACCAAAAGGUGACACCUCAGUUCAAAUUAGAUAUGCAAGUGGUAAAAGAGAAGUAUUCCGUUGUUAUUCAACAGAUAAAGUACAGAAACUAUAUGAUCAUGUAAUGGAAAAUACCCAAGAUCAUUCAAGAACCUUUACUUUAAAUCAUGCCUUCCCAGUUAAACCAGUCGAAAACCUUGAUUCCACAAUUAAAGACGCAGAUUUAGUAAAUUCAGUAGUAGUACAAAGAUGGGCAUGA